AUGGUUGGGUUGGGCACUAGGGGCCAUGUCAACCCAUCCGUUUUUAGCAAGUCGCAGCCCGCAGCAGCAGCUGCUGCUGCUGCACAUAUGCUUCAACCACCACAGGCAUACCUUAGUGCCUGCUAUGUGAUUCACAUCGAUGACAUAGAACUAACAGGUUAUGAUUAUGUUCCUACUGUUCGAGGUGGACCGUCUUUCAAAAUUUACCAAAAAGGGGUGUAUUCAGGCAGGAUCGUCGAAUAUUCUGACACAAAGGAUGGAAAAGACUGGGUGAAAAUGGUUGAGCUAUGGUCUCUGAACUCAGAUGGCCCUUUUGACGAUACCGAGCAUCCACAAGAGUUUAACGCUGAUGAGCCUUGGCUCCCUUUCAUUGAACUGUAUGGCAGAGGAGUGGUGGAAUGGGCAAAUGUGUUGUCCAUGCUAAUCCUAGAGCGAGACGACAUUUGUACUAUCGACGACACCUUGGUAGAAGACCUUCUCAGACGAAAUUUUGGCCUUGAUCUAGCACUGUGGAGGAUCAAAGAGAAAUUGAGACAGAGAGGUGCACCGUAUUCCAAUCUCCCAACUUUCCCAUCCUCAGAUAUCAUUCGGCAUUUAUCUGGCAGUGGUUCCUACCUCCCGGUGUUAAAGCAUAUAGUUGCCAUUCAAAGGGGUCUAUGA